AUGGCGGUAGAGGUGUUGCGGCACGACGAGGCGUUGCGCAGUGAGGAGCAAAAAAGGGACGAGGGAUGCCCUGAGAGGAUUGCUCAAAGCAGCGACAUGGAUUUCUUCAUGGACGAAUACAUGUGCCCAGAUGCUGCGACAAAACGUGCCGCAGCUGCUCAUAAUUUUGUCGCUGCUGAGGAGACGAUGAACCCACUGGGGGGCAUGGCGCAAGCCACGCGAACUCGCAAGCGGGCCCAAGACCGUCUCACUGUCGACUGUGACGUUUGUCUGCAGCUUCGUGGAACAACUGGCGAAACUGGUGGGGUGAACUUUCGCAUUCGAGUCCCAGCGGCGCUGCCAAGGUCCAAGCUCUCUGCAUCCUCUGUUGUUUACCCCAUCAAUGAUUCCACAACGCCCCACGUGAAAGAAAUGUGUGACAUAAAGACAAAAUUGGAGGUGGAGGAGGCAACUGCACUCGACUCUGGUGCCGCUUGGGCUGGACAUUCUGAGAGUUGGAUGAGAGAUGGGGUAUCAGAAGAAGAAGAAGGGGUGUGUGUGGCUGCGGCAGACUCUCCUAGAUAUGCAGUUAACAGCAAUACUCAGCAUGAAUCGGUAAUAACAAAAACAAUGUUUAUGCCAACCAAUGACAGUGAACGUUUACUACAUGCAGGUGAUUUCACGAUUACUGUUUCUUCUGAAGAAAACGAAGGAGGAGCAGGAGGAGAAGGAAACGUGGUGUAUGCGAUGAAACUUCCACCCAGCUUCGUGUUUGGCCUGCGGCUACCCUUUGAGGUGGAGAGAGCCCUUGUGGAUUGGUACCGGGAGAACAUGACAUCAUCUAUACCAUCACCCGCAUGGCUUUCUGCCUUCUUGUAUACAACGACUCUGCGUUGUCACACGUUUGCCACCUCCAUUUCCACCCUUUCCCACUCGACGUGUCGAGAAAAAUUGGAGGAAACAGCGGCAGUGGCGACACUAGAAGGCUUCUGCAUUGUGGCUCUCAAUAUCAUGGCUCAAAUGGGGCAGCUGCACCGACAACAACUUCAGGAAGCAGACAACAUUGACGAAACAACAGCGGCUCAGUGUAGUUUAUUGCACGACAAUGCUCUAUUUUCUGCUUCACAGCAGGAACGCGUGCGACGAUGGCUGCAACGGUAUAUUCCAAUGGAGGCCUAUGACGGAAACGAAGAAGGUGAGACGACAUUACGAAGAGCACAGGGUGGUGUUCGUUGGCCCUCCGCGGUGACAAUAGCCUUUUACAUAGCGUUGGACCUGGCCAAGGUUUUGUUCCCUCCUUUGUUAUUGAAUCUGGAGUCCACAAUCCUUGCUGCUCUGCAGCCACUACUUGAGGCACGCUCGGUGGGGUCGAUGCUGGCACCUUCCCCUUAUGUAUCUUGUUCUGCUGUUUCUUUUUUUGCUCCGUCGCUGCAACGUCCACGGAGUCGCAGACAAGCCGUGAUGUUAUUGACGCAAGCACCAUCUGCGUGGUGGGGAUGGUGGCGUCAAAAAGACGGUGAGGAGAAGAGCAAUAACGGCUGCGGCAUCAGCGCUGUUUCUGCGUCAAGGGGGUAUGCUGCUCUUCGCGUCUUGCAAUGUUUUACCUUCAUUGGCUCGCAAGCAGGACUAGAUGAAACUUGUGGGUACGUGGACGAAGAGGAGGACUCGGAAGCGGCACAGUUUCUUCUUUCAUCUGUGGCGCUAUUUACGGAACUACUUCUGGACCGUGAGGUCAUCAACACGCUGGAACGCGCCACGAAGGAAAUCACUCGGCUCUACCACUUGUCUUUAGAGAGACCUAAUGGCAAGGAGGCAGCUGCGUUGUCGUUGCAGGCAACACAAGCCAUGAUGCGUUGCUUUAUUGUGCUUGUCUGCUGGUUGGCUUUCCGUCCUGGAGGGUAUUGCACAACAUUUGCCCAACAACAUUUUGGCUCGCUGUUACACCUCGCCGCGUUGCACCACGAACGGCAUCCGCCAAUGCAUAUUCGGCGCACACAACUUGAAGAAGGUGGGGAAAACUUGGACUGUACACAGUUGCUGCUGACGCUUUGCAGCCAGGACUACUUUUCUUCACUCUCCGCCUUGUUUUGCCGUCUGCGUGACCGAUGUGGGGCCCGGCGUUGCAGAGGCCAUUACGCAUACGCAACACCGGGAAAUCCAUGGCGGCAGCUGCGGCAAGGCAAGAUGCCCAGCUGCCUAUUUCCAACUGAUGAGGACCGGACGACAAGCACAUCAUACAGUCAUUAUUCCGUGACAUCCUUCAGCUCCACUAAUGCCGCGCCGGAAGUUGUGCUUGUGCCUCAGAUGUCAACAAUGCAAAGUCAUACGACCAUUCUUGGUGACGAUGCUGUUCCGUCUCAUGUACUUCAUAAUCUUCGUCGUGCCAUUCGUGAAAUUCGUCCCGUUCUUCGUCAACUUGAGCGGGACGUGUUUGCGAAGUACGAGGUAUCGGCCCCAACUUCGCUUGGCAUCAAACGACAGCGCGAGGCGGAGGACGCCGUGUCUUCACCUUCGCAGCGUUGCGAUGGUAGACUGCAACUAAGCGUAUCACCCCAGUUUGCACGUCAUGUGUACAAUCAUUCACACAGCCGUUUCUGGGAGCGGCACUUGGAAUGCAGCGAACCCAGUGACGACGAUGAAACGGACACCUCCGGCAGCGGUAGUGAAUGA